AUGGCGACCGGCAAGAAGAGCUAUCCAAGAGCGACUUUACGCAAAAUUGUCAAGGCGCACUCGAGGAAGAAUGUUAGCAGGGGAGUGGAUUCGCUGGUGUAUUUGAACUACGUCUUGUUUAUUGAAGAGUUAAUGCAAAACGCGACUCGGAAAGCCCGCAACGACGGAGAAAAGCAUAUUGCAGCCAAAGACAUCAGAAAGGUCACCAUGGUGUGUUUACAUUCCGUGCAAUGGGGAACUUUUGCCAAAUUGACGAUUGUCUAG